AUGCUUCGCAACAACACUGCCUCCGACAUGGCCCGCCGCCCAUCCUACACUCAACGCACAAGCAACGCCAUGGAGAACCUCAUGAUCAGCAUCAGCGGAUCAGCAGGCUUCAACGAAGCAGAAAUCCCUGCCGCCAUUCAUCGUCCACUGACCUUCGGCACGGGAGCCUUCAGCAGACGCAUGACGAAUCGCUACAACGCCGAACUCGACUAUGUCCAGCAGAGACUUGAACAAGGUAAGAACUUAUCAUAUACUCGCACGCACCCUGACAUCACUGGCAUUGCGGAGUUGGAUGGCAAGGAAAUUGAUGAGGAUGGGGGGGAGGUUGUUAGAGAUGAGAGAAAUGGUGGUGUGAGGGUUUCUGUUGGGAAGGCCAAGGGGAAGAGUGUGGUUGUCAAGAGGAGUCGGGAACAGAUUUGUUUGGAGACGGCUAAGGAGAUGAUGAUGCCUACUGUGCCUGAGGAUGAGGUGGUUGAGGGGGAUGCGGGUAUGGUGACGAUGGAGAGCGAGCUCGUGCGUCCGAAGGGUAAGCUGUUUGAUCCUGAGGCGGAGAGUCUGCGGGAGAAAGGGGCCGAUGACCAGAAGUGGCAGCCGAAGUCUACUGUCGAUCCCAAGAUUUCCAAGAAGAGCGGCAUUCAAUCCAGUGAGGACGUCCGCCAUAACCAGUUGUCCUACGACAAGAAUCAGGAGACCAUCCGCAAGACCCUCACACCAGGUGUUGCUCGUGGCCCGCCAUCCAAGGAGAACAGUCCACUCACCAACGUCACAAACCAGACCAGGAUGCACCUGCUCGGCACGAACGACGAGAAGAAGCUCAGCGAGCUCAUGCGCAUGAAGUCGAUCAUUCCGAAGUUCAAGGGCUACCCGCAGUAUUUCGAAAACAAGAGCAGCGCCAAUACCUCUAAUGCAGCAACCCAGCAAGAUAUGCCAAGCCAACGCCUUCGAGAGUCAUUCAAACAGUCUUUGAAGAAAGUCACAUUCGGCCUGGCUCCCGUGCGUCCUACUGGUAGCAACAGUGUCCCGAUCAGGCGAAUGGCAUCUGGACUCCUGGCAGGCACCAGAACAGCUACUCGCCCAUCUCGUUUCGCGGAGAGAGUAUCAGCAAUCUGUGGCGUCAAGUAUGAACCCACCUUGCUCGGUCUACCGUCUGAUCUCCGCCAAAAGAUCACUGACCAAGUCAUUCUCUGCGGCGGUCCAGUCUCGUCUGUUCCUGCGGGCUCUGCGGGUUCUCAGCUACGAAACAGCCUGCGUUGGCUCUUCAUGCUGGUGAACUCCUGCCUUCUUCGCUCGUCGUCCCGACCGGUUCGUUGGCUGGUGGCUCUGUCCAGAGAAGAGCGGAGUAUGCUCCGCCAUGUCGAAGUCUCCACUAAGGAGAUGUCGUCUACCAUCUGUAUGAUGGCUGGUCUGGGACUCAAAAUCGUCCAUCGAAUCCCGUCGUACAGUUUGGUAGAUCUGAUGCGAGAUGAGCGUGCGUCGGUAUGGCUGACUUUCACAGCCACAUCCCCGUCGUUCCGGGUCGGUGAGGUGUUACCGCCGGUCUUUGAGACGGCGCCUAUCGAUCUCUGGGACGGAAGGGAUGUGGUUGGGGAGCAGGGAGGAGACCGUGGUCCGGUAGAGGACAAGAGGGCGUCGUUAUGGACGACAGGGACGUCGAUCUUGGGUGGGGAGGUGGAGGAGUACGACGGUGAGGUCGUGGAGGGCGAGAUGAUUGUGGCCGGGCGUGGUAAAGUUGUGGAUGUUUGA